CUUAAUAGAAUUCGACGUACGACCAUCUCGAGUUCAACUUUCACCAAGUUCAUCGGGUACAUCACUUCAGUACGGUCGACAUACAGAAGACUUCAAUGUAUUCGCGAACUACGUGAUGAGUUUUGACGACGUAAACAGUGAGGAGGAAUUGGCAUCCCAGAUCGAUGUGGACGAGACGUCUGGAUUCUCUAGUGGUAACCUCUUCCGGCAACCCCUGUCCACCACCGAUGAGGUCGUUGGCAUACGAGAGCAAGAGUCAGGAAGUGAUCAAGCCCAAGUCGAAAACAUUUAUAGCGCCAAUGUGGUAAACAAUGAUGAUGUUAUGGUAUUUUAUGAUGAUCCUGCCCCCUUUUCAGCCCGAGACCGUCCGAUCAACGUCGACUCAUCAGAACUUACGACCAACAAUGUCACCACGGAUACCCAUGUCCCUCCUUCGGGGGACAUCGGCUCCAUAGUUCCUUCAAUUGACCAUUCGGAUAUACACGAAGAGCUACAGUAUUCUCCUCUCCAGAGCCAGAGCCCACCGGGAAACCAAGAAUCAGUCCAGCAAGACAUUGAAUCACGCGCGAUUAGCAGUCACUACCACAAUACUCGUCCGAGACACACGAUGCCUCAAACAGAAUCUAUCGGAUAUGAUAAGGGAAACGAAAACAUAUUCUUUAGAGAAUGGUUCGGGGUGAGUAACUCUAUAUCUAUGAGGCAACUGUGCCGAAUACCGAAAGAUCAGGCUGCGAUCUUGGCCAAGGAGGAGUCAUGGCUGCCGUCAAACUCAUAUCCAGCAUAUAACGUUCCACAUUCCAUUAUCAGUGACCUACAGCGUCGUCAGAUGGUUGGUAGUUGUCACUCCACUGACCUCGAAACUUCUACGUCACUUUGGCACCGGCAAAUUGGUCGGGAUCAAUCCAAUAGCAGUCCUGUACGUUCAGGUUCUGAGUCAUCUACAGAGAAUGAGCAAACAAACGGGGCCUCACCGCCGAGCUCUGAUACAUCAGACGAAGUUUAUCCCUGGACUCCGUCUCCUUCGCAGCCGAGACGCCGCUCACCUGAUGAUCUUCCGCCGGAUAGCAGUGCCGUACAAGCAAGCCCAUCAAAGUGCGAGCUUACCUUGAACAGUACACAUGAUGACCGCGUUGCUAGACAAGAAAUUGGAGAAGGCAGACGCCUGCCUGAAGAAGAGGGUAUGGAUAUCGGCAGUAUCGUUGCUGUGGAAAGCGCUUUCGCACCCUCAUCACCAGCUGCUCCUGAAGCGGAAGCCCAGGUUCAAGUGGGUGUGACACCCCAAGGGAAAGCGCCGGAGAAGCCUGUGGCUCAAGUACCUGGGAGCAGCUCAGCCACAGAUAACAAACAACAGUCCUCAGGGAACUCCGCUUCGACUAACGUUGGUCCGUGUACAUAUCAGAAGCCUGACGGUCCUACAGCGAUAGAAAAUAGGAAAGUUGCUCUGUCACCUGAAACGACACAAACACGCGAAACGGGAGCAGAUAUCGUAAUCUCGUCCAAGCGGCCGUUAGAUUUCCCGGUGACCCUGGAUGGCAAUACACCAAAACGCGUCCGUACAAUUAAAAUCAAGCGAUUGAAGUGCAAGCCGAAGACAGGCACGCUUGCCACCCCUUCCAGAUCGCUCGCAGAGAUGCGCGGAUUUGAUUAUUCGUGCGGUGCUCACGGCACAGGAUCAAUCCAAAGCACAGCAAUAGUUAGAGAGGAGGAACCAGCGUGUGUUGAUGAUCAGAGCAAUCCAAAUGAAAACUCUGCAAUACAUGCUGUAACCACCUUAAAACCUGCGAAGCUGAGUUUUGUUUCAGCAAAUAUCGGAGAGCCUGGCGCGACGAGUUCGUUACAUAUGAAGGGAGUCGAGCUGUUUGGAAAAUCUUCCGUGCCUACGUCGUCAGUAGCUCUAGCCCAAUGUGCGCAAAUACUGGCAUCCAUUCAUAAGAACUGGGAGCCAGAUAGCGCCAGAAUAGAUGUCGAAGAGCAUGGCAUCAAGUGUGACCCAGGACGCUUAAACAAUAGGCUGAUUGCCGACAUUGAUAACACUCGCGAAGACACAUCGACAAAGUCUAUCCCGAGAAAUGAGCAAGACGAAUCUAUCAAAAAACCCAAUGAAAUUCGCGCUGAAGGUCUUUUCACGCACUCACUAGGACCAAGUAAAGAGACAUUAACUAUGAAAGAUCAUGAGCAUCAUCUCGCCGACCACUCGAAAUCUAUUGCAACGAAGAAAGUGUCCAAUGUCGGGCUUCAGACAACUCGUGGAAUAGUUCCGACUAAGUCUGUCUGCGGCCUCACGAACACGAAAUCUGGUCCUACUGUGUCGAAAGAGUCGUCUACUGUCAGGUACCAAGGGAUUCGCAAAGAGCUGUUAGCUAGGUCUCGUCCAUCGAGUCAUUCGUCGGCAUCGAAGAACGCGAAGACUACGGGAAUGUCUGCAAACAGCCCAGUCCCUGAUGCUUCGAAGAAUGCGUUCACCAUCAAAAAUGCUCCAGCUGAAUCAGCGACUCCACCAAGAAUACCAGCAACAGGGAUGACAAAGUUCAUUGCUAAUUACACAUCACUUAAGUGCUUCGGAGGCCGCUAUGGACGGUAUGAUAGCGAAACGGGCUCAUUAGAGCGGCCUCAGAUGAAGGUUGAUGUGUCUACAUGGCCAAUUGGCCCAGUCCAAGGUAGCCAAUUUAAUAGCGAGAACUGACUUUUGUGCACAAGCAUGUAUGGUAGUAAUAAGGUAGGUUUUUUUUUGGAGAUACCCUAAUCAAGGUUUUGGAAAGAGGACUGAUGAAACCCAUUACUGAUUGAGGAAUCCUGAGCUCUUUCAUCACUGUCACAAGACCCGUGUUUCUAAAACAUGCAUUCAUGCAGCUCAUCUUUGCAUUCAUUCAUUUUGAUGUUGCUUGAUGUUUGCGGACUUCAGAGUCUAGUAUAUCCCUGAAACUCAUUUAAGCUCUAGAUAUACAUAUACAUUUGCAAGAACUUACCUGGCAUUGUUUUACGCAACUCACGUGCGUGUUAUAUAGUACUACUGCGAAAAUGAAUGACUGAGCUUUUCUCAGCAAAGCUUCUGCCACCAAUCGGAUGAUAUCAUUUGCGACCCAAUCCCUGCCUUAUUUGGACUAGCAUAUAAGGCUUAAGUGAGUUUC